CGAAGUCUGGCUAGAAAUCUAUUCCCAUUUUCCUCUUGUUUAAUCCGCUUUCCCUCACGCCACAAGCGAGCCAUCUCUCGUUCCCGCUCGGCAUCCACAUCCAACGACAACAACUGCCAGCAAUAGUUGGUCCAACCGUGCUAUCUUCGGCGAACCGACCAGUUUAUAUAUAUACCAUACCUGUCUUGUCACCCUCGUGAAGCAUCCUUCAGUCACUCGCUGUCCUCAGUUUCAAAAUGAAGUUCCAACUCCUCGUCGCCCUCUCACUCAUUGCCACGGCUUCAGCAAGACCUAUUGUCUGCCCAGAUGCUAAGCGCGAUGCUAUCCUCAGGGGUGACCUACCAAAGGAGGCAUGCUGUAGUUAUGGCCGCUGCCUCGGGGAUGUCGUGAUUGCCUCGUCAUGAAAGGGCCGUUUCAAGAGCAAUCUGUGACCGCAAACAUGGCUGUUCAAAACAUCAUCUCAACCAUCUUCAUUCCCAACGGAACAGAUCCUCUUGGGGCCUUCCAUUUUUCGCCCUUGCGCUAUCCAGCACCAUCAUGGCAUCCAACGACUUUUCGGCGAUUCCUUUCCUGGCAAACGGUCCCACCUGCACUCGUAUCCCGGAUUGGCAACCCCUGGGACACGGGAUGACCCCGGGAUGGAUGGGAAAAUCCGACGAACUUGACCCACGUAGACAGUUCUCACCGACUGACCGACAACAUCUCACUUCAUAUCUAAUC